GUAACCAAACUGCCAACCGACAUGGCGCCAGCGCCGUUGCGACACAGUAGCGUGACAAGUCAUGUCAUUUCUGCCCAUGAUAUAUGAAAAAAUCCAAUGGCAGAUUCUUUUUUCGGGUUCGAUACUUCGGUAUCGAACUUAAAUGACGACGAAGGUGGUGGAGAGCCAUCAGAGGAAGAGUACGAUGCUCUCAACAAUGAGACCUUUGGUCAAGACUCGGAAGAAUUCGAUUGGGAAGUUGAACACGAACAUCUGGCUGAGCAACUUGAAAGUAGUCGCCGGAACGCAGCACUCGACGAGGCCGAUUCGCGACUCGAAGCAUCGCUGUCUCAGCUAGUGUUGGACGAAACGGAUGCGCCACAGACUAGAAGCCUCGGCUCGAGCGUGUGGCGUCACGAUCUUUCUUUCCCUGCGCCAACGCCGGUACCUACACUUAAAAAUGUCUGCACGGUGGAAGAGUUGGAGCGACAGCUGCGCCAAAAUCAAGCGCCGCAAAACUACUCACAGAACUAUUUUCAGCCAAGAUUUCCACCGGUUAUCCUUCAAAGGCCGCCAGGACUUCAAGCACCAGUACCACUACCAUUUGCCCCACAGCAAUCAAUGGCUCAUAAUAUGAACCAAAUGAACCAACCAUUGAAUAAGAUAAUCGGGCAAAAUUCUCAAAUGAAUCAAAACCAAAUGAUGAAUCACAUGACUCCAAACAUGAAUCAAAUGGGACAAAAUAUGAACCAAAUGGGACACAAUGUGAACCAGCUUGGUCAAAACAUGAAUCCUCUUGGACAAAAUAUGAAUCAAAUGGGACAAAAUAUGAACCAAAUGGGGCAUAGUGUGAACCAGUUCAUGCAAAAUUCAAAUCAAAUGAAUCAGUUUCAAAAUAAUCAAAUGGGCCAAGGUAUGAUGAAUCAGAUGCAAAACAUGAAUGUCCAUCACCAAAACAAUCAAAUGAUGCCGAACCAGAUGGGCCCAGGCAUGAACCAGAUAGGUCAAAAUAUGAACCAGAUGGUGCAAAAUGUAAACCAGAUGCCUCCCAAUAUGAAUCAGAUGGGGCAAAAUAUGAGUCAAAUGGGUCAAAAUAUGAAUCCAAUGGGGCAAAAUAUGAAUAAAAUGGGACAGAACAUGAAUCAAAUGGGACAAAAUAUGAGUCAGAUGGGACAAAAUCAGAUGAUACCAAACGGUAAUCAGUUUGGUAUGAAUCAGUUUCCACAUAUGAUGGGGCAACCUAGGAUGAUGGCGCCCCCGCCUGGUAUCGGCAUGCCAAGACAGAAUUUUAGCCCUAGUAUGAAUCAAUUCAAUCCGAAUUUUCGUGGACCAUCAAUUCCAAAAAACGACCAGACAAUAUCACAAUCCAACAUGGUUAUGAACCAAAUGAAUAAACCGCAACAAUUGAACCAACCGAUCAAACCGCCAAAUCAAAUAACACAAUCGCCGCAGAACAAAAUACAGAAGCCGGUCCAAAAUGUUCAGAACAUGGGCCAGAAUGUGGUUCAAAAUGUUCAAAAUCAACCAAAGUUGAAGAGUCGUGUGUACAACAACUCAAAGAACCUGACCUCACAGAAUAUGGUGCAAAUAAUACAGAAUACUCAUCCGAUGCUACAAUUUAACAAUAGUUACCAUAACGCGAGCCAUCAUCCGAUGUUGAACAACCGGAAUCUGUUCAACAACCAGGUUAUGAAUAAUCAUAAUAUGAUGUUCAAUCGACAAAAUGGGACGUUUAGUAAUGCUAAUAGACAUUCAAAUAGUGACGAUAGUGCAAGCGACACGGAUGACUACGCCGGCCUCAUGACGCAGAGAGAGAAACAGUGGCUCAUUAAUAUACAAAUGUUGCAAUUGAACACAGGAACACCCUAUAUACACGAUUUUUAUUAUACGGUCUUUUUAGAAAGGCAGGCUAACAAAGAAAAGGAAGGCGUCAAGGAAGCACACAAGGCCAAUCAGCAGAACCAUCCAUUCUAUAGUGGAGCGGUGAAGCAGGAGAGCGAGGCGCUGCGGCCGCGCGAGCGCCACAACUCGCACCGCCACAACUCCACGGGCGACGACGCGCCGCGCGCCUACGUGCCCACGCAGUUCGAGAACUCGCUCGGGAAGCUGCAGUGUGGUAGCGUGACGGCGCCUAGGAAGAUAAUCGACGUGGAGGUGGUCGCGGAACCGGCCUCCGGGAGACAGUCCCGGGCUCCGAGUGUAGCCAGCACCACGAAUCCCGCUGAGGUGCCACGCGAAGUCCGUAGAACGAAACAACUCUUACUGGAUAUAGAAGCGUUAUAUCUCAUACUGCUAAGACUUGAAGAACUCAACGACCCACUGGCUAUAUCCAACGCGCUUAUAUUGAAAGAAAGAGAAGAGAAACAGAAACAGCUUGAACUGGCCCAGAAGGAAGCGGAGAUUGAACAGGAGGAAGAUUCUAAUCUUUUCCUCAAGAACAUAGAAUCUGUACAAAGGAGACCCAAACAAGAGAGUCCCAAAAACGAGUGUAUUGACAAGAGACAGGUAGUUAACCUGGCGCUAUGUCAGAAACCAGCUCCGAUCAAGAAUCUCCUAGACGAGGACAAGGAUGAACUGCUAAACAAGAUGUUCUCCGGGCUUCUGCACAGCGAUCGACUACCGCAGAUGUUGACUGUCAGGAAAGGCCGGGCGCUGCUGGUGCGCUUCCUGCGGCGCGCGCCGGUGCCGCACGCGCGGCUGCGCCAGCUGUGGGCGCGCGUGCUGCGCGCGCUCGCGCCCGCCGCGCGCCGCGACGACGGCGGCCUGGCCGCGCUCGCGCACCACUACCGCCGCUACAUUCAAAGUACGUCAGGAUGGUCUGCAGUUAUAGAAUCAUGCAGCUUCCUCUCCGAAGCCUUGGACCCGGCGAGGACACCCCAUGUGUUGACUACUUCUCUAACUCUAAGCUGCGUCUGCGCACUGGUGGAGCGCGCCAUAGUCCUCGUGAACACGCCCGAAGCGACCGCCAACGAGAGACAGUGGUACAAAUUCCUCAAGACCCUCGCGAGGGCGCUCAAAAACACGACCCUCAUCGUGGCGAAACCGAUUCAACCUCUCCCCGAAGCGAAGGUCUUGCACCACAUCAAACAGCUGGAAUCCAGGUCGACGAUAGAGAUCUUACAGCGAGGUAAGGCUGCCGACUUUGAAUUGACGAAGACUGACGUGUCCGAGCAGUUGGUCAAACAUUUGUGUUGAUGUUUGCCAAAAAUAUGUUAUGAAUGUACGGGUCUGGUCGGUUUGGUCGAAUGUCUGUUCAAGAUUAGUUGAAUUAUCGAUUAGCCUAGUGGAAAUUAAAUGCUUUCAUUUUGUAUUAAAUUUUUUAUAAUUUAUUUCUUAUUCUAUAGAAAAUUACGUGUAGUUUUUAAGUAUAGCGUUCUAAAGAUGUUGACGAUUUUACUAGUUCGACCCGUCCGACCGACCCGCUCGCGUCGACCGUCGUGUCGCGAUCGUAUUGCGGCCGUAAGGAAAAUGAAGCGUUUCACGUUCGAUUAUAGUUAUAUAUUUGUAUAAAUGAAUUAUUUUUGCGAUGUUUUUCUUAUGGUCUUGUAAAAAUUGUAGAUAGUAGGUAUGUACUGAUUUGUACUCUAUGUGAUUGAUUUUAAAGUUUAAUAUCGGGUGACUAUGAUUAUGGAAUCAAAGAUUAUCUUUUUCUACGUUUGACUAGAUUUCGCUUUUUGGUAAAGAAACGAGAAAUUUCUACAUAAUUAUUGAAUAUAAAAAAAAACGAAAAGUAUAAAUUUCUUGGAAUGUAAAAAAAAUUGUAUUUGUUUUUUUUUUAAACCGAUAAAGUAGGUAAUUUCUAUCAAUUGUAUAUUGAAUGUGUAAUUACUAAUUAUAUUAGGUGUAUGUAUGUUUUAGGAGUCGAAGUUAAGCAAUUUUGUAAAUGUAAUGUAUGUAAUUAAACUUAAUGUUUAUAUUUUGGUGAGAUUGUUCAAAAAUUGUAAAUCUUUAUAUUAAAAGAAAAAAAAAAAUUGCUUAUUUUCCGCUCUGUUAUUGAUACGUCAUUCUGAUAUUAGUUUAGCAAAGAAUGGCAAUACUGAAAAGCUUUUAUUAUUUUAAGAUGGUAACACCGUCUAUGUGUUGUCAGGUUUUGAAUCUUCGACGGUGGAUUUUUUGAUAGGAAAAAAAAUUAAUGAAGAUUUUUGUGUAUUUAUUGGGUUAAAAAAUUUAAAAAAAAAAUCCCAAAUGCAAGUGAUUUAGAUUUAUCUGAUUAUUAAUAGGAUAUGUUGUAUUCUUUUUCGAUGAAACUUUGUGUAGUCUGUAUGUCUGUACGUCGAGGAUUAUUCCAAUUCGUCAAGUAUUGAUUCUGACGUAAUAAAACCUGACAUCACUGACCAUGAUGAUACUAUAUGAAUUUAUAUUUUAAUCGUGCAUCUGUAAAUAUUAAGAAAUAUAACACUAGAAUUGAAGCUUUUUAUUUAAAAAAAAAAGAGAGACAAAUAUUGCUUUUUUUUUAAAUCGAUAACGGGGUUGCUAUACUAAAAAAAAAAAAAGAGAUCCAUUGAAUUUUGUAAUAUGGAGAGAAUAUGUUUGUAUUCCAUAAAAAUUCUUGGAUAAAAAUGAUAUAGGGCUGAAUUUUUCGUUUCUUUUUUUUUUUCGUCUUAAUUAAUCUGUGAUCGCCCAUUGGUUAAUUUUAAAAUUCGUAUUUCGUAGGAAAAAAUCAGUCCUCAAAACAAAAUCACAUCUCAAUAUUUGUUUUAUGUUAUGUGAAUUUGUAUUUGUACAUUAAUAAAACUCAUUGUCUCAUUUAGGGUAUAUCGUUGUUUAAUCUGUGGAACUUUAGGUGAUUUUUUUUGAAAGGAAUUCUGUAUUUUCUAUGUUUAAAAUUAACCUGUUUUCUAUCAUAAAUAUAAUAUAUUAAUGUUCAUCACAAAUGUAACUAAUUCCAACGUAAUUUAAAAUUUAAUAACUGGAUUGAACUGGAUUAAUCUCGCUUGGAAGAUAGCGAACAGCUAAGGUGUUUGUAUGUCUUUUACACAUUUUUUAUAUUCCAUAACAUUAUAAAUCUUUUUUUUUUUUUAAUUUAAUUUCAUUAAAUAUUUACAGCAGAUCAUAAUUUAUUUAAUAUCUUAACUAACCUAAAUUAACUUUGUAAUUUUUGAAGGACUUUUUUGCAAUACAAGCACAAAAUGUAUCCUAUGGUAUUAUAACUACGAA